CCAUUGAUAGAUAUAUUACUAUAUAAGAGACGAUCACACUCUCAAAGGGUCACAUUUGGUCCAAUCUCAUUGCUGGAGUCACAGGACAUUCACAAUGCGGUGUCUGCUUUCAGCUUAUCUUCUGCCACUGAUUCUGCAUUCAUGCACCGGAGCAGACUGGUGCUACCAGACGCAGGUUAACUGUGAUUCCCACUGUAAAGGACCAGACCGAUGGAGUGAAGUAAACGGAGAAUGUGGGAAAAGAAGACAGUCACCAAUCAACAUAGUGACGAAGAAAACUCAACUGGAUGAGCGACUGACGCCUUUCAAAUUCACCGGCUACCAGGACACAUUCGAAAGCACCAUAAAGAACAACGGCCACUCGGUUCAGGUCAGUAUUCCCAUCACAGCCACAGUGUCUGGAGGAAACCUGGAAGGAACGUACAAGGCUGUGCAGUUUCACCUCCACUGGGGUGUCAAUGGGGGGCCUGGAUCUGAACACACCAUCGAUGGAGAGCAGUAUCCCAUGGAGCUGCAUAUUGUGCACAUGAAACAAAGAUACAACAGACUUGAAGAUGCACUCAAAGAUCCUUCUGGAGUCGCUGUGUUGGGAUUCUUCUAUGAGGAGUCAAGCAGCUCAAACAGAAAGUACGACCUCCUCACACAUGCCCUGCGCAGCGUUCAGAACACAAAUGGAAACACGACCCUUCGUAAGAUCUCUCUGAAUCAGCUCAUCCUGUCUGAAGUGAACAUGACUAACUAUUACCGGUAUGACGGGUCACUAACAACACCGGGCUGCACGGAGGCUGUGGUGUGGACAGUGUUUGAAAACCCCAUUCCCCUCGACAAGGAACAGCUUCGGUCGUUUUCCGACCUAAAGUUUCAUGAUGGGAAACAAAUGGUGGGAACGUUCAGACCCGUGCAGCCUCGCAACGGACGUGUGGUGUAUCGGUCCAGCAGCGCGGCGGUCGUGGCCAGCGCCGUCCUUCUUUUGGUCUCCAUCAGCACAGCGUUUGGUCUAUCCCAUCUGAACUAGAGCUGGACCGACCCAUUACCUGCACAAUUAACACAAUGAGUUCUCAUCGAAUCAACGGAUCAAACCUAUAAAGACAAAUCACAGAAUUACGACGUCGCAAAUGCUUCCAACUGAAUAAAACCACAAACGAGCCAUUUCUACAGGAGUAGUUAGUGUAGAAACGAUGGCGGUCGACUGCAUGAGUAGAAUGACCAUUAGACAUUUGCUCAUAGCUAUCAAUAGGAGCUGGACUAAAGCCGCUUGGACCCUCUGUGAAGGUCUGACGGGUAAUAAAUGCAUGACCUUUAUCUAUUAUAGACAUCUGCCAAGACACAUGCAUAUGCACACACACACACACACACACACACACACACAAACACACACACACACACACGGCUAUAUUUAUGAGGCUGGGAGGCUUUGAUGUGACAUGCUGGAGAUGUGCAUUACAAAUACACACAACGAUGAUCAGCACUCUACAAGAGAAUGAUGAUGCAGAGGUCAAGGGUCACAGAGCCUCGAGAAUAGAGCAGAGAGAAACCCAGACAGAGCAAAUACACAACUUUACAUUUACAUGAAUUUAACUUACACUUUCUUAGGGUGUUUUUACACUCAAGUUUAAAAGACUUCAACUUUGACCCCUUUAAAUGGACCAAAUAUUACAGUACAUUUACUAUAUAUAGGGUGAUAUUAUAUAUUUACAGUAAAGGUAAAAAGUUUGGAUGCAUUGGUGUUUUUGAAAGAAAAUGUUUUUGAUCAAAAAUACAGAAAAAACAGUAAAAAUGUGAAAUAUUAUUACAAUUUAAAAUACCUGCUUUCUAUGUGAAUAUAUUGUAAAAUAUAAUUUACUCCUGUGACCAAAGCUGAAGUUUCAGCAUCAUUACUCCAGUCUUCAGUGUCACAUGAUCCUUUAGAAAUCAUUGUAAUAUUGAUGAUUUGUUACUCAGUUAUUAUCAAUGUUGGAAGCAGUUGUGCUGCUUAAUAAUUUUUUGGAACCUGUGAUACUUUUCUUCAGGAUAUUUAUUAAAAAUAGAUUUUUUUUUUCUAACAAUAUAAGUCUUUACUAUUUUUUUUUAUCAAUUUAACACAUCCUUGCUAAAUAAAAGUAUUAAUUUCUUUCAAAAAAAAGAAAGAAAAACAAUUACUGACCCUAACCUUUUGAACGGUGGCGUAUAUUGUUACAAAAGAUUUCUAUUUUGAAUAAAUGCUAUUCAUUUUAACUUUUUAUUCAUCAAAGAAUCCUAAAAAAAAGUAUCACAGGUUAUAAAAAAUUUAUUCAGCACAUUGAUAAAUCAGCAUAUUAGAAUGAUUUCUGAAGGAUCAUGUGACACUGAAGACUGGAGUAAUGAUGCUGAACAUUCAGUUUUGAUCACAGGAAUAAAUUAUAUUUUAAAGUAUAUUAAAAUAGAAAACCAUUAUUUUAAAUUGUAAUAAUAUUUCACAUAUAAACCCUAAAAAUAAAGUGUGAAAACCCCCCAAAGUCACUUUUAAAAAAAAAGGAACCAAGUACUUUGGCAUUUCUAAGUUUAACCCAGCCGCAUUGCUUCAUUCGGGCACAUAGGCCUAAAACAUACUAGGUCAGCGAAGACAGUCAAAACAAAAGUAGUGUGUUAUCUGUGAGAAGAGGUCGCUUUAAACUUAACUAGAAUUUACUAGAACACAAUUUCACAACUCUUACACACAGUCUUUGGCAUGAUAUUUACACACAUUCGGACUUGCUGUAGACGUCUAAAGUCAUGCAUCUUGUGCACAAACUUAGUAAUGCUGUACAUCCAACAGUUUCUGCUUCAAGUCUGUUGUGAGGACACAUGAUUUGUGUUUUUAAAAUUUGAAGGUCUCAGAUGCACUAAACGUGAUGUGUUGAUGCUAUGAAAAUGAAUAUGAAGAACACAUCAUGUUAGUAGGAUUUUGUCGUAAAGGCCGUGCAGACUUUACACACAGGGAUACGUGCAACUUCUGUACUCAUGUUACACAUGUUAUCGUUAUCUUUAUGUUUAGCUUUUUUCUACACAUUAUGUAUGUAUGUAUGUUUAUCUGUUUGAUAUUUGCAUCAUUGCUGAAAGUGAAUGAAUCGGACCUCCUCUGGACACUGGAAUCAAUGAUCCGACGAUCGCCAUCUCCUGUCUGUGCACAUCGACAAUUUAUUCUUCAUUAAAUAUCAGUUUUGUCAACAUGUCUGAAUGCACUGAUAUUAUGAUGAUGUAACUGCUAAUGAUGUAGAGAAUGCAUUCCAUUAUAAUAAUAAAUGACUGCAUUUCAUUUUUAAA